CCUGUGCCCUUGGGAUAACCUGGGAGCAGAGGAGGCUCCUGUGCACCCACCCCACUGCAGGCUGAAAUUCCAUGUUUUCCCUGACUGCCUCUGUCCUGCAGGUGAAGCAGAUCAUGGAGGAGGCUGUGACGAGGAAGUUUGUGCAUGAGGACAGCAGCCACAUCAUCUCCUUCUGUGCCGCCGUGGAAUGCUGUGUGCUGUUCGGGCUGAAGCGGAGGGCGGCCGGCUUCCUGCGCAGCAACAAGAUCGCAGCGCUCUUCAUGAAGGUGGGCAAGAGCUUCCCCCUGGCAGAGGAGCUCUGCAGGAAGGUGCAGGACCUGGAGCAGCUCAUUGAGAACGCGAGAAACCAGGCCCAGGGGGUCCCGGAGAACGUGCGCAAGGUGCCCAAGCUGCCCAACCUGUCUCCUCAGGCCAUCCGGCACCUCUGGAUCCGCACAGCCCUCUUCGAAAAGGUCCUGGAUAAAAUCGUGCACUACCUGGUGGAGAACAGCAGUAAGUACUAUGAGAAGGAAGCUCUCCUGAUGGAUCCUGUGGAUGGGCCAAUUCUGGCAUCUUUAUUGGUGGGGCCCUGUGCACUGGAAUACACCAAGAUGAAGACUGCUGACCACUUCUGGACAGAUCCUUCUGCAGAUGAGCUGGUCCAGAGGCACAGGAUCCACAGCUCCCAUUGCCGCCAGGAUUCACCCACCAAGCGCCCGGCGCUCUGUAUUCAGAAAAGGCAUUCCAGUGGCAGCAUGGAUGACAGGCCAUCCCUGUCUGCCAGGGACUACGUGGAGUCCCUGCACCAGAACUCCCGAGCCACGCUCCUGUACGGCAAGAACAACGUCCUGGUGCAGCCGAGAGAUGACAUGGAGGCAAUCCCAGGGUACCUGUCCCUUCACCAGACUGCUGACAUCAUGGCACUCAAGUGGACCCCCAACCAGCUGAUGAACGGCUCCGUUGGGGACCUGGACUAUGAGAAGAGCGUGUACUGGGACUAUGCCAUGACCAUUCGCCUGGAGGAGAUCGUGUACCUGCAUUGCCACCAGCAGGUAGACAGCGGUGGCACGGUGGUCCUGGUGAGCCAGGAUGGCAUCCAGAGGCCACCUCUGCGCUUCCCCCGUGGAGGACACCUGCUGCAGUUCCUGUCCUGCCUGGAGAACGGCCUCCUGCCCCACGGGCAGCUGGACCCACCCCUCUGGUCACAGCGGGGAAAGGGAAAGGUGUUCCCCAAACUGAAGAAGAGAAGCCCCCAGGGCUCCUCCGAGUCUGCAUCCGACAAGGAGGAUGAUGAAGCCACGGAUUAUGUCUUCAGGAUCAUCUACCCUGGGACUCAGACAGAGUUUGUUGCCAUUAAUGGUGCUUUUCACCCACUCCUUGCACCUGUGACUGCUGGGAGAGGGAAGAUCAUGAAGAUUCCAGCUGGAAGCAGGAUGGUGGUGAUCCCCAAAUGGUGUCUGAGUGUCCCUGGCAGAUCCCGAGCUCUCCGUGCUGCUCUGGGCACCUCCUGGCAUCAGUUGCCCCAGGACCUGAUGGACGCUCCGGGGGCUGUCCUGCCCCCCAUGUGGCAGCCCAGCACCCGCAAAUCCUCCUGCUCCUCCUGCUCCCAGAGCGGCUCCUCCGACGGGGGCCCGGCCAACGGCUGCAGCCACGAGAGAGCUCCACUGAAGCUGCUGUGUGACAACAUGAAGUACCAGAUCCUGUCCCGGGCUUUCUAUGGAUGGCUGGCCUACUGCAGACACCUGUCCACAGUGAGGACUCACCUGUCAGCGCUGGUGAACCACAACAUCGUGUCCCCCGAUGUCCCCUGCAGCGCCAGCGCGGGGCUCACCGUGGACAUCUGGCACAGAUACCUGCAGGACAGCUCGAGUUACGAGGACCAGGAGCUGCUGCGGCUGAUCUACUACGGCGGGAUCCAGCACGAGAUCAGAAAGGCUGUGUGGCCCUUCCUGCUGGGCCAUUACCAGUUUGGGAUGACAGAGGCAGAGAGGAAGGAGGCUGACGAGCAGACCCGGGCAUGCUACGAGCACACCAUGGCAGAGUGGCUGGGCUGCGAGGCCAUCGUCCGGCAGCGCGAGAAGGAGUCGCACGCCGCAGCCCUGGCCAAGUGCUCCUCGGGGGCCAGCCUGGACUCCCACAUCCAGAGGAUGAUGCACAGGGACUCCACCAUCAGCAACGAGUCCUCGCAGAGCUGCAGCUCCGGCCGGCAGAACCACGCCCGGCUGCAGAGCGACUCCAGCUCCAGCACCCAGGUGUUUGAAUCUGUGGAUGAGGUGGAACAGACUGAAGUAGAUUCUCAGCUGGAAGAUGGCAAGCAAAGCAAGAUCCCCAAUGGGACAGUCCCCAACGGCACGUGUUCCCCGGAUUCUGGGCACCCCUCUUCCCAAAACUUCUCCAUCACAUCAGGCUUCUCAGAGCGCAGCUUCAGCAACGAGGACAGCGCCCUGGAAACCACCAAAUCCUCAUCCAGCUCCCAGGGAAAGGCUGCUGGCUCCGACCUGCCAGCCCCACCAGACACGGAUGGUGUCCAGCAGGAGAAGCUGCAGGGCCAAGACAGCCUGGAAGGGGAAUUUCCCACUGGUGGAAGCGUGGAUUUUGUCCCCAUGGGUGAGGGCUCGGCGGGGCUCCUGCGUGACAGUGACACUGUGGCCCUGACUGUGGUGGAGAGCUGGGCAGACAGCGAGGCUGAGAAGCAGAGCCUGGUGGAGAGUGAGGACAACCUGUCUGAGGAGCCAGAGAUGGAGAGUCUGUACCCACAGCUGGACUCUCUGACUGUGACUGAUCUGACCAGCACUGAACCAGCUGCUCUCUCCUCCACGGGUGUCACCUACUCUCCAGAGCUGCUGGACAUGUACACGGUGAACCUGCACCGCAUCGAGAAGGACGUGCAGCGCUGUGACCGCAACUACUGGUACUUCACCCCCGCCAACCUGGAGAAGCUCCGCAACGUCAUGUGCAGCUACAUCUGGCAGCACAUUGAGAUUGGCUACGUGCAGGGCAUGUGUGACCUGCUGGCCCCUCUCCUGGUCAUCCUGGAUGAUGAGGCUCUGGCCUUCAGCUGCUUCACUGAGCUGAUGAAAAGGAUGAACCAGAACUUUCCACACGGAGGAGCCAUGGACACCCACUUUGCCAACAUGAGGUCACUGAUCCAGAUUCUGGACUCUGAGCUCUUUGAGCUGAUGCACCAGAAUGGGGAUUACACUCAUUUCUACUUCUGCUACCGAUGGUUUCUCCUGGACUUCAAGAGAGAGCUGGUGUAUGACGAUGUCUUUGCUGUCUGGGAGACCAUCUGGGCUGCUGCUCACGUCUCCUCUGCUCACUACGUGCUCUUCAUAGCCCUGGCCCUGGUGGAGAUGUACCGGGACAUCAUCCUGGAGAACAACAUGGAUUUUACAGACAUCAUCAAGUUUUUCAAUGAAAUGGCCGAGCGCCACAACACCAAGCAGAUCCUGAAGCUGGCUCGGGACCUGGUCUAUAAAGUGCAGACUCUGAUUGAGAACAAAUGAAGGACCUGGGGCAGACGAGGCACCCAAAGAGCCAGGACUCCCCUCCGACGCUCCCUCCCUGCUCCUGUCUCUCCAAGUGCCACCCCUGUGGGACUCAGGUGGUGGGACACGUGCUGCUACGUGAGCUGGGAGUCCCCUGGGCUCAGCACAGGCCCAGGCUCAGACCUUCUGCAGUGACUCAACCAAAGAUCCCUCCAGGUGUGUUCCUGUGCCUGGAGCAGGACCAGGCAGUGGCUUCCUGGCCUUGGAGCAGCUGCUGUGGCCACCAGAACUGCCCAGGCAUUGCCACAUCCCAGGGUGGAGCUUGGGGGCUGGGGGAGCAGAGCUUGGUGGCACAGAGGGAAAGCUGAUUCCUUGGAAAGCUGCUUCCUUGGGCAGCCCUUCCCUGUGGGGUGGGAAGGCAGCCAGCCCUGCGAGCCCGGGCAGCACAGGGAUGCUGCCAGUGCUCAGCUUCUCACCAACACAGCGAGGUUCUGCCAGUAAUGGGGGGAACUUUGAUCACAGGAAUUCCUCUUUUGAUCUUGUCCCUCAGUGCAUUGCUUCCCCUUCAGUGUUUUCUUUUUUUAGGGCUCCGUUUUCUCCCUGGGAUUUUACAUUGUUCCUACAAUAUCUGAGCACACAAGAGGUUCGUGUCUGGAUGGAUUUUCAGAACAGCUCCAAAUUCAGUGUUGGGGUUAUUUUUCAAAAUCCAGCCUCUGUAAUGUUCUCUGAACACUGGGAAAUCUGGUCCUGACCUCCUCUGGGAACUCCAGGCUGGGGGUUUUCUUACCUGCCUUACUUUAGCUGCUUGUGGUAGGAGUCUGGUCUCUUUGUUGUUCCUCUGAGCUCUUGUGAGGGAAGGGCUCCUCAGAAGGCAAGUCAGAGCUCCUGAUUAUCCUGACUUUCCCUCUGACAGCUUCAGGGCUGGCUGUUGAGUCCCCUAAACCCACUGAGCAUCUCCAGUUAGGUCUUGGUGGGCUUUUCCCACAGACCUGUGAGAGGAAAAUAGCCCAAGGUCCCUGAGUGGGCUUUGCUUUGGGAAGAUGCCCUUGUGUGGCCACUUUUCCUGCACAGCCUGGAGCCCAGUGCGUGAAGUGCCUCUCCAGCUGCUGUGUCCCACACAGCCUGCCCUGCAGAGGCUUCGGAGUCAUUUUUCAACUCAGGUAAAAACAAUACAGGAAAAGGAGAGGGGUGGGCGGGUGGAUGGAGGGUCCAGCCCAGCCAGGAGGGCAGUGCUGGGUUGGAGCUCUCUCUCUGAGGGUACUUUCUCUCAAGUUUUGCUGCAAACUUUUGUGUUCCCCUUGGUGCAAUGUGUGCUGUGUUUGUGCUCUCCUCUGGCCUUGCUCCUGCCUUGCUGCUGGAGUGUUCCCACAGGAGGGAAAGGGGCCCUUCCUCCCUCCUCCUGUGCAUCAUCCAUCUGUGCUGGUUUGUGUUGGCUCGUGGCACGUGUCAGAUGUUGCUGGCAGAAAAAAGGUGGUUGUCAGCCUGCACAGGAGAAAAACUGCUGCUUCAGGGAAGGGCUGAGCAGCCUGGUGGAGUGGUUUGCUGGUUCUGAGCAAAUCAGCAAUUAUUUUCUGUGUUCUGGGACAUGGAGGUCACAGCUGGAAAAGGCAGUGGCACUGCUUGAACCCUUUGGGGAAGGGGCAGAGGGAGAGCAAUGGGCAGCCCUUCAUUCCUCAUAAUCCCAACAAUCUGGGAAAUUCCCUGAAGCAGUGAAACUCCAAAGGGUGCUGGGCUGCAGUAGCACAGGAAACAAAGAGCUUGAGACCUGCCAGUUCCUGAGAGAAUCUUUCAUUUUUCCACCAAACAGAGUGAAAAGCUGUGUCCUCCCUCCUUCCAGGCUGCUCCUGCUCCCUCAGGGCUCUAGGACAGAUCUGUCACCUGUCUAGAGGGCAAGGGAAGUGUCUGUUCUCCCUUUCCUGAGGGCCAGGGUCACCUUAAAUACCACCUGACCAAGCAACAUUGCUGACACUAAACCUUUCAAGCUUCUUUCCUUGGUUUUUAAACAAAAACAGCCAAGAAGUUCUGCACAAUAUUUGCUGUCUGUAUUAACUGAGAGUGUCUUUGGGCCGCUCAAUAGCAGUGUUUUUUUGAAUAAUUUCUGGGGGGGAAGGGAAAAAAGUAUUUAUUUAUUGAUUGUACCUGACUGUGUGUCCUUGUGUGCUGUGUGAGUGCGCGCUGUUGUGCAAAUGGAGAUAGAAAUUUUCAAUGUUAUUUACGAUAUCUUGUAAAUGUUUACCAGAGAAUUGUGUCUAUAUAUAAUAUAUAUACAGAAUAGAGAGAAAAUAUGUCAACUAAGUGGGUUAUUUUUUGAGGAGGGGGGGUGUGGGGUGAGAAAUCUUUUGCUUCUAAGAACUGUGUGGUUUCUAUAGCACCUAUUCCAUGAUGUGCCAAUCUGUCACCGUCCCUGUGCUGGGAGAGUUGUUCUGGUGGGGCAACAGGAAGCUCAGAGCAGAGUCAUCAUCACAACCUCAAUUUGGCUUCAUCUUGGUUCUGGCUUUAAGACUGGACAAGAGGAAGAAAAGAAAAUUAGGGAAAAAUACUAUAAAAAAGCUUUGUUUCGGCUGUGUUGCUGGGCAAGUUCUUGUGCUUAUGGGGACCCACAGUGAGACCCCACCAGGAGUCUGGGGCUCUCUUUGAUGCUUAAAAGCUGCUAAGAAGCUGAAAAGCAAAGGUUUUGCUGUGCAGCUGUUUGUGGGUCUUCUCUGGGCUCCUUCUCUGCCCCCCUGCAGGAUCCCCAUGAGAUAAAGCCUUGUUCUGGCAUUCUGACAGGGCCCAUCAUGGUGCUGGAAGCCAGCAGGGAUCUCUCCCAGCAGGAGAGGCCUGUCACCAGGCUUGGCCAUAUACAGUAAUCUUGUCUGGCCCCUUGGGGAGGAGGAAUGUCUCAUCCCAGCAGCUCUGUGCAGCUGAAAACCCCCCCACAAUGGCACUGCCAGCCCAGGGCUAUUUUAGCCUGUGGGAACAGGGAUGGAGCUCUGUGCCUUAAACUGACAGAGGGCAGGGUUGGAUUGGAUUUUAGGGAGAAAUUCUGCACUAUAAGGCACUGGCACACCCUGGAUCCCUGGAAGUGUCCCAGGCCAGGAUGGACAGGACUUGGAGCAACCUGGGAUAGUGGAAGGUGUCCCUGCCCAUGGCAGGGGGUGAAACUGGGUGAUCUCUAAGUUUCCUUCCAACCCCAACCAUUCCAUAACUCCACACCUUCUGAGGAGAUUGCUACAAGGGUGGCAUGAGCUGUCAGCCCCUGUUCUCUGCUCCAGUCACUCCAAGCUGAGCCUGAGGAAGGAAGGAAGGUUGGGCUCCGUAGGCUGAGUUCAGCUCCCAUCUCACCCUCACUGAGCACCCACAUUGCUGUGGGGUUUGUGCUGAGCUCAGGUAACCUGAGUGUGUGUAAAUCCACUGAGUGUUUGUGUCCUGGCCCUGUGUUCCUCAAAUGGAUUAUCUUCCUGCAUUUGACCUUUCUGCUCUUGCAACCUUCCAAUGAGCUCCUGGUACUCAUCUCUUUUGGUGUCAGACCCUUUAGAAGUUGUGUUUGUUCCUAAAUGUGUGAUAUUCAUAGGAGUUUUUCUCUUGGUGUGUUGAGUCCCUGGGUGGCUUUGCUGUGGAUGUUUUUCAUGAAGACUGAGAGAUUUGGGUUUUUUUUGUGUGUGUGGGAACUUCCUGCUGUGUUCCAGUCCUGCUCUCAUCCAGCCCCUGGCAUGGGGAACAUCCCUUAACUCAUCCAAAUGCACCUGGUAGUGCAAUGUGAGCCAGCAGUGGAACUGCAGGUGUCACUGACAGGUGGAAAAAAGGCUGAGAGAUGGAACUAUUGAAGAGAUGGGUCCCAAAAUCCCUGGAGACACAAGCCUCGUGGCCAAGAGCAGUUUGUGGGAUGAAGUUCUUAUUAUUCUUUGUUUUUAUUUAUUUAUUUAUUUAUUUAUUUAUUACUUAUUUUGCCUAUUUCCCCUCUCUUUCCUGGAUUUUUCCUGAGGUUGGUCCCCUGCACUGGGAGCCAAAGUAGCCAAUGGGCCUCUUACCAGGGAUGGGACCAGUUUUGUGGUUCUCAUCCCCUAAUUUUGCUUUUGAAAUAUCUUACAAUAUCUAAAUCACUUUAGUUUUGGGAUUCUCAUCCCCUAAUAUUGCUUUUGUAAUAUCUUAAAAUAUUUAAAUCCCUUUUCUCGAGAGGCAUAGUGGGAGCCUCUGAGCAUUUGAUCAGUAGGACCAAAAUGAUGAUCGUGUCAUCAAAACCUCUGUCUUAUUUCUCAUUCCAUUUGGGAAUUUCCGAGUACUGAGCAGUUCUGGGCUUGUCUUCAGCAUUUUACUAUUGUGUGAGCACAAAUUGAUAGAGCACAAUGUAGAGAUGGAGUUCCAGCACUAUGGAAGGGUUGGAACUCACCAGAACCUGUGUCAGAAGUUCCUGUAAAAGCUUUUUCAGAUGCCCUGAAGUAGAUCAAACGCCACUGAUUGUCCCUGCUUUUCCACUCAAGGUCAGCAUCCUCAUUGCCCUGAAUAAGCAAUAUUUCACUGAUUAAGGCAUCUAAACAAUUGUGGUUCUCAGUGUGACCACAUUUCUGUCCUCUGGUGGCCACAUGGGCCAUGGCUGAGGCCAUUUGAUGCCAUAGCCACACAUUCACACAGCUCACUGUGUGGAUUCCUUCCCAACUUUGCCUGAAUCCUGAACUUCCUGGAGAAUGUAUGGUUGGAAUAGCCAUGGAAGUCUUUUAAUGUGUCUAAUCUAGUUUCUAAUUUAAUUUUGGAUUGGUGCAUAUUCCACCUUAGAUUCCUGUUCAGUGGUUUAAUAGGUUCCUUUUAUAAAUGGGUUUUGCACAUGGAGAGCCCAUGGAUGGUGCUGCAGGGGACAGUCCCUUCUCCAUGGUGGCUUUGUAGCCAUCAGCAGUGGGACAUGACUGGGAGCAAGGGCACUUUGCAUCAGUGCUUUGAUGAGGGGGGAAAAGCACCAUUUAUCUUGUUUUUUAAAAAUUUAUUUUUUAACAAAUUAAUGUUAAAGAUUAAACUAUGCACAAGAUCUAAAUACAUGGAAGUUUGAGGAAUGAGUAUGGCUUUGCUGCUAAGGACAAUAAAGAAUUGAAAAUCCUGAUAGUGGAUACUGAGAGAUUAAAAAUGUCAUUGUUGUGACUAUGUAAGAUUGACUUAAAUUCUCAGAAAUUCAUUCUCUCUGGAGAGCAAUUCCCAGAAGCCAGGGAAGAAAUUGUUUUCCCAAACAGAAUUGAUGAAAAGCUUUGAAAAUGCAACGUGGAUGUAACCUCAGACCCACGAUUGUCACUUCCCUUGUUCCAGGAGUGUUCUGGAGAGCCAGGCAGGGCAGCAGGGUGUGACAGCCAUCGUGGGGUCUCUGUGGGACAGGGAAUUACCCCUCAGCACAGGGAUUUGAAUGUGUCUGGUGUCCUGGCAUUAGACUUUUCUGUUGCCCUACACAGAAUUGCUGCUUUUCUCUGUUCAAUGCCAUUUUGGUCUCUGGGAGUUGCUCGAUCUGAGCUUAAUGAGCACUUACAGCUUUUAAUCUAUUUGUAGAAGUGCUGCUAAUGGUCUUAGAUUAUCUGAAUUCCACACUGUGGUAUAAUAUCUGUUUUAUAUUAUUUUAUUCAUGCUUUUGGUUUUUUUUUAAAUGUAAACUGUUCCUUAUUGUUGUUGAGAAGGAAAAAAAUUAAAGCUCUAUUCUCUAUGGUUAAUGUAUUUUCAAA